AUGCCUUGUCGCUUAGCAAUUACUUCCAUGUCUCUAGGCCGCUGCUUCGCGGGCCACACGUUCGCCCACAAGCUGGACAUGGCACAGGCCUACGGAUACAAAGGCAUCGAACUUUUCUACGAAGAUCUUUCAGAUAUUGCCAAUCAGCUAAACAACAGCUCAACAGCAGAAAAUGAACUCCAAGCCGCAGACAUCAUCCGAAAGAUGUGCGAGCAGAGAGGCCUCUCUAUCUUGUGCCUCCAACCCUUCUCAGGAUAUGAGGGUCUUCUCGACCGCAACGAGCAUACGAAGCGCCUGGAGCAGCUAAAAUUUUGGUUUCAGCUCGCCAAGAUCCUCGACACAGACAUCGUGCAAAUUCCCUCCAGCUUCCUGCCGUCUUCACAGAUCACAGAGGACCGAGACCUGAUCGUCUCAGAUCUCCAAGAGGUUGCAGAUAUGGGCCUGCAAGAGAACCCUCCGAUACGAUAUGUCUAUGAGGCCUUGUGCUGGGGUACGCGGAUAGAUCACUGGGAGCAGAGCUGGGAGGUCGUGCAGGCUGUGGAUCGUCCCAACUUCGGCUUAUGUCUCGAUACCUUCAAUAUUGCCGGCCGCAUAUACGCAGAUCCAGCUUCGCCCACCGGCAAGACUGCAAACGCAGAACAAAUAGUCAAAGAGUCCAUCUCGAGGCUUCUGUCCACUAUCGAUGUGCGUAAGGUGUUUUACGUACAAGUUGUAGACGCUGAGAGACUCGAGGAGCCGUUGGUGGAGGGUCAUCAGUUUUAUAAUGCAGAACAACCCUGUCGUAUGAGCUGGUCAAGGAACUGCAGACUGUUUUAUGGGGAGAAGGAACACGGCGCGUAUCUCCCAGUAAAAGAGAUAUCGAAGGCUAUCUUUCAUGGACUCGGCUACGAGGGCUGGGUCAGUCUUGAGCUCUUCAACAGGAGAAUGUCGGACAAGGACGCGGGCGUGCCUCGAGAGCUCGCCAGUCGUGGUGCCGCAUCCUGGGCCAGAUUGGUGCAGGACAUGAAUCUCAAGGUCGAUAGGCCUGAACUACAAGACAGGAUCUCGGCGUCAUUAUAG